AUGCAUAGCGACAAGAAAAUAACCAAGGAAGAUACAUGGAGACCAGCUGAGCUGAGAAGACAUAUCAGGGAAGAAGGACAUGGUGAUGACUAUGUCAGGAGGAGAGAUGACAAUGAGAGGAAGCACCGAGGUGGGGAAUCCGUAGAGAGACGCCGCAGAGACCCGGAGAAGGAGUCCAGACGAGACAGAGACAAGCACAGGGAAAGGGAGGGUACGAGAGAGAGAAGAGAUGAAGACGGAAAAGACAGAUAUGCUGAGCGAAGUAAAGAGGCCUCACGGGACAGGAGAGGUGAUAAAGAAAGGGACCGAAGAGAUGAGAGGGACAGAGACACAGAGAAGAGAAAGGAACGGGAAACACUGGUAGAUGGAAAAAGGCACAGUUAUGAUUAUAGAGAGAACAGUUACAGUAGGCGGAAUAGAGAGGAAAAACAUGAUAAGGAGAGAGACAAGGAAAGACAUAGAGAUAAAGAGAGAGACAGGGCAAAGGAUAGAGAGAGACACAAUGAGGAGGACAGGGACAAGAGGAGGGAAGAGAGAGACAAGGAAAGAAGGAGAGAGGAACAGCAUAGAGAGCACAAGAUUGAGAGGGAGAGAAAGAGACAUGAAGAAAGUGGAGAAGGAGGAAGAGAUCAGAUAGAAAAGUAUGAUAGAGAACAGAGAGACCGGCAUCGAGAGAGAGAGCGACACAAAGAUGAUUAUGAAGAAAAGAGGAAUGACAAAGACAGACGGGAAAGACAUGGAGACAGGAAGCAUUCAGAACGGAAAGAGGAAAGAGAGUAUAGAGAAGAACACAGAAGACAUAAAGAGGAGAGAGAAAGGAGACACAAAGAGAGAGGAUAUCAUGAUGAAAAGCAGAAGCGUGAUGGUGAAUCCAGGGAGCAUCAAGACUUGAAGAGGUCAGGUGAAAAGGAAAGGCAUCAUCGUGGUGACAGAGAGCGAACCGAAUGGGACAAACACAGAGAGAGAAGGCACAGAGAGGAAGAAGAUCCAGAGAAAAAACACAAAGAGAGAAGAAGGCACAGAGAAGAUAAAGACCUAGUAAUAAAUCACACAGAAAGAAUCAGCCCCAAGAAAUCAGCCUCUGACAAAAGUCAUAGACAUGAGACUAAUGCAGUAGAAACAGAGGUUGUCAACAAUGAAGAUUUAGUUGACCAGGAAUAUGAGGAUGAUUUUGAGGACUAUGAGGAAGAUUUUGAGGAGCUGGAUCAGAGUGAAAAUGAGGGUGAUGAUGAGAAGGAGCCGGAGUUUCCACAAGUGGGAGAAGAAAGAGAGGAACCUAUGACACAAAAGAGAAAGGAGAUAGAAGCAAUUCAGAGAGCAAUGAAUGAGGAGAAUGAGAGAGUUGGAACAACUCAGUCCAGACAAAGUAUGAGCAGAGGAGAGGAAGACACGCCUAAACGGUCCAGAGGAUCUGAGAAGAACCAGAGUCGAGCCUCUUCACGUGGGAGGUUUAUUGACUUUGUGGCAGCAAAACAGCGCGAAGUGAGCAAGAAAGUUGCCACAAAACAAAAGAAACGCAGCACAGAGCUCCUUCGCUUAAUUGAUCUGGAUUUCUCAAUGACAUUCUCCCUUUUGGAUCUGCCUCCCGUCAAUGAAUAUGACAUGUAUAUUAGAACCUUUGGAACUGCAAAUACCAAACAGGCUUAUGUUCAGUGUAAUGAGGAUAAUGCAGAUCGAGACAUUCAAACAGACGAGAUAGAAGUGUGUGAGAAGUGGACGCAGCAUCCUCCAGAGCACAAUGGAGCCUGUGGAGAUCCAAACCUCUCUCAGGAAGCACGAGAAAAAAACAUGAAUGAGAUGAACUUUGAUUCCCAGCGUCUCACAGCAUUCCUGCACUCAGCCUCACAGGUCAUGGUUGUCCUGUUGGAAGAGGUUCAAGCGGAGAGAAAAUCCAUGCAGAAGUUGAGGACUCAAACAGACACACUGUCUUUCAGCGAUGGAAGUUUACAGCUCAACACUAAGUUGCCUUUUCUUUAUGGUCGCCACAUCAGCCUGGUGCACUUCUCUCAGGUCCAGAGACACACCAUGAUGUCAGUCCACACGCCUACAACUAAGCCCAGCGCUGUGCGUCUUGACAGCUUCACCAUCAUCUGCAUCUGGAACAUCUGGGAGCCAUCCAGACCUCAGAAGAUCCUUGUCUACGAAUCUGAGGUGCAGUGUUGCUGUUUCAGCCCUGGAAAGGCCAUAUUGGUGUUUGCAGGCACAUCAGUUGGCUCUGUGCUGCUGUGGGACCUGAGGGAGCAUGCUGGUAAUCACUACCGCCUGAAGAUAGGGGAGGAUGAGUGGACCUUCAGACAGCCUACCUUCUCCACCGAUGCAGUAAUGGCCGGCUCAGGCCAUUUCUCAUCUGUGACGUCUGUAGAAGUUGUCCCCACCACUGUAGCAGGGGGGCUGAGGCCAGAUGUCCCCCUGUUGGCAUCUGAGGAAGAGUCAUCAGGAUUGUCAUUCCAGUUGGCUUCUCUGGAUGAAAGCGGGCUUUUAAAUUUCUGGGUGGUAGUGGAACUCCCAAAAGCCAACGAGGCAGGCUCUCCAACAGAUCUAGGGCUCAGGCCUGGGGGCAAAAUAAAGUUGCUUCACAGCUCCUCCCUACACACUGCUGAGAGGGUAUCGCCACGAGAUGCAGUGAAAACGGGGCCAUUACAGACUCUUCAUUUAAAGUUUCUUCCAACUGACUCCAAUCACUUCUUUAUUGGCACCAAUAUGGGUCUGGUCAGUCAUGGAACGAGUCAUGGUUUGAAGGCUCCUCCAAAGUUUUACAGGUUUCAGGGGGCUGGAGUUCGACCUGUUGAUGUCAGCUCAAUCCACUUUUCUCCCUUCAGACAAAACUUGUUCUUGGUGGGUUGUACGGAUGGCAGCAUCAGGCUGCAUGCAGUCAGCCAUGAGCAGCCUGUGGCAGAGUGGAAGAACAGUACAGCAGGUGAACCGGUGGUCUCACUGCAGUGGGCCCAAACCAGGCCGACAGUCUUCUGUGUUCUUGAUGCAGUCUCUAACCUCCACAUAUGGGACCUGAUGAAAAAUGACACAGAGCCUGUGGUCACUGAGAGGAUGUCUGCGGAUAGAGUGACAGCCAUGGCCGUGUUUGGAGACUCAGGACAACAAAACACAUAUUCAGGAAUAGCCCUGGUGCAUGAGUCAGGAAAAAUAGAAAUGCACUAUUUCACAAGAAAUUUUACCGUGCCCGUUCCUGCAGAAGAGGAGAAGUUGGAGAGUAUGAUGACUGAAGGCUUCUGAAUUGCUGCAUCUGAAAUGGCUGCAUUUAGACUGAUAUGUUUGUGUUAAUUCUAAUGAUUUGCUGCAUUUUUAAACUCCUGAAGAGCAAAGAUCAAUUUAUAGAUCUGUUUUCUGUUUAUUUGUAUAGUAUAUGUCAUAAUUAAAUUUGAUAUGUGUUAGGUUUUUCUUCUGAAACUGAUGACACAUGGCUAAAAUUUUCACAUUAACAUAGCAAUAAGAGGAAUGUUGCUGAAUACCAAAGAUCCUAUAUAGGGGCCACGGUUCAUUUAAUAUCCUCCAUAAAAUGUUAUAAGAAAACACAUAAUGUAAAAGUUUGUUGAUGUAAAUAUUUAUACUCUUUGACUGAUGAAAUAUUUGUAUGGUGGUAAUGACUUUAA